AUGAUAGUACGGUGCCUCGCGCACCAGACAUCACCAUCCUACACUAAAAUACGCCCCCCUCCCCUACUACACCUCUCCCUCCGCCGACGCGGAGCUCUGCCCUCUUCAGCAAAGGAGACACCGAGAGGGGGCCUGGAUGUAAAGGGAUGGACACCUACGAGAUGGGACUACAGCGGAGUGAGACUCCUUGAGAUACCACUGGGUCGACACCAUGGCGCCAACUAG